AUGCAGCGCCUUCUACUUCUUCUACUUCUGCUAUCAGCAUUCCAAAACUCGCGAGCCGACUGCUCUUGGAACGUGAGCUUUGUUUUAAGAAAUGUUUCAAAAUUCUACUCCAUAGUCCCAUGACUGGAAAACUGAAAGCGUCAGCUUUAGACACAAUCCCAGGGCACCAAACUUUUAGGACGCAUGUUCUCCAAAGGGGAAAUUUGUGCGACGAUUUUCAAAACUUUUAUGGUAGUCGAGUAGUCGCAAAAUACUCCCAGGAGCUGUUAUUUCGCUAAUAAAUUAACUUCUCGUUCAAGUUAUCGUCUUUCAGAGCUGCAACAAAUGGUCGAAAUCAAAUGACGUCAUUAAUGUCCACCUUAUUCCUCAUACACAUGAUGACCUUGGUUGGAUAAAGACUGUGGAUCAAUAUUACUACGGAUGUUUCUUAUUUUUUGAGUAUUCUCAAAGAAAAAAGUUUUUUUUUCAAGCGAAGCCUUCCCUUGUUCCUGUCGGAGUUCAGUACAUCUACAACACUGUUAUCGAUGAGCUUCUCAAAAACCCAACAAGAAGGUGAAAAAAACAUAAUAAACAAGUUUUCAUCUUCAUGUAGAUUUUCUUUUGCUGAAACGGGAUUCCUCUGGAGAUGGUACACAAGUCACGGAGACUUCGAACGUCAUCAGCUGCAAAAAUUGGUUAAAACUGGUCCGACAAUUUUUUUUUCUCAAAAAAGUAAGUACGUGGGCAUUUCAGGUCAGAUCGAGUUGAUUGGUGGAGGUUGGGUGCAAAAUGACGAAGCUUCUUCUCACUAUGUUGACAUAAUAGACCAAAUGACCCUGGGAUUGAAGGUUCAGCAAGUUCAUAUAUGAAAAAGUGUUAUUAACCAAUUUAAGAAGCUGUCUCAGCUUUUCGAAACCUGUGGAAAACCUACUGUAGCUUGGCAAAUCGAUCCUUUCGGUCAUUCUCGGGAGGUGGCGAAUCUUUUUGCUGAGGUUUGGAUCUAAUGAUUCUCAACAUGAGAAAGGAUACAGAUGGGCUACACAUCAUUGUUUUUUGCUCGCAUGCACUACCUGGAAAAAGCGGAGCGUCUCAAUAAUAAAUCGCUGGAAUUCAUUUGGAACACCUCGGACGACCUCAGUACGUCUUUAAAAUACGUUAAAUUGAGCAUCGAUUCAUUUUCAGAGAAACUGAUUUUAACUGGAGGAUUUUAUCAAGACAAUUAUGGCCCUCCUGAAGGUUUCUGCUUUGAUGCUCUUUGUGGCGACGAUCCGAUCAUGGAUAACCCAAAACUUGAAGAUUACAAUGUUGACGAAAAAGUCAAUGCGUUUGUGCAACAUGUCAGAAAACAGGUUUUCAAAACAAUUCAUAUCACUGAGUGAUCAGAAAUUUUCUGAAAGAUGCUUUAAAAGUUUUUUUUGUAUCAAAUAGAAAUCAUUCAUUGUUUCACUUGUGCACAUUCUUGUUUAACAAGGAAAGUCAUCAAAUUCUCGACCGGUUUGAAAACUUGAAGUACUCUUUUUUCAAAAACCGAAGUAUGUGUGAGCUGGAAUGUAUAGGAUCUUUAUUUGGUAGGACAAAAAACUGUUUACUCUUUCAAAAAUAAUCUAUCUGCAAAGGGAAACAAAUUUAAUGUGAUUAAACUAAAGUGAUCGAAAAAUGAAACUUGCAGGCAUCCUUCCAAAGAACCAAACACGUGAUGCUUCUGAUGGGUAGCGACUUUCAGUACACGAAUGCCAACGCCUGGUAUUCCAAUCUCGACAAGUUGAUAAAAUAUGUCAAUGGAAACGUGAGCUCAUUAUCAAAUAACUCGUACUUAUGAACUACAGGAUACCGCCAAAGUCAACGUCUUUUAUUCGACUCCGUCCUGCUACGUCCAAGCCUUAACUGAAGCCGCACCAAAACUCUCAACAAAAAGCGACGAUUUCUUCCCGUGAGACUACUUCAUUUUUUUCAGUCUAAGUGAUCAAAAUAUUGUGCAGAUAUGCGUCGGCUAAUCACUCCUACUGGACGGGUUAUUUCACGAGCAGACCUACUUUUAAAGGCAUGAUCCGCAAAGCCAGCUCGACGUUGCAAGUAACUUCAAAUCAUUGAAAAUUUCAUAAGUCGACAAGAAAAGAACUCGUCAUAGACUAACUUUUUUCCGUUCAUCUUAUAACUACGAAGACGUGAAAAAAAUCGAAAAAUUAUCAGUUCCCCUUAAGUGAAUAUUUCACUGCUGAUUUUUCACAUUUCAAUCUGUAAGAAAAGAAAUAAUCAACAAAAAAAACUGGACGAAAAUAGGACAUAAAAAAAACUUGGACAAAACUCGGGCGACGCAAAAAGGACGUGAAUCGGACGUGUCGGGGCAUUUCCAGCGACCACUUUAGUAGCGUCAGCACUCUCAAGUGAUCCCUAGACUUGCUCAAAAGCGUCCGGAGCACGUCCGGUUUUGUUACCAAGACUCGAGAAUAAAGAAGGGGAUUUGUUUUGUCCAUAGAGCGACGGUGAGACAACUUUUUAUGUAUUGGUUUCAAAGUAUUCUUACUUCAAUUUUUUCAUCAGCUCGCAAAACAACUAGACGUGAUAGCUGACCUCGGACCAGCAGACGAUUCUGACGUUGAGGAAAUGAUGGAGGCCAGCGCCCUGGUCCAACACCACGACGCUGUAACGUUCGUUCAUUGAAAAGUUAGCUGGUCUGUCAUCACGCUGGUUUCAGAGGUACUGCAAAGGAGAACGUCACAAAAGACUAUGAGAAACAACUUGGAGGUGCUACAAAUGAGCUUGAAGUAAGAAUCUUGAAUGGAAAACUAUAACAUUUGUUUUGAGCUCGUUGUCAAUGACUUCAUCAACAAAAUGAAUCCGAACACAAGCUCUAAGCUAACACUGUGCCCUCUUCUUAAUGAAACCAUUUGUCCGGCAACGAAGUAAACAUUUGAUUCGAAAAAGAUUAUUUUCUUUCUGCAGGGACAAAAAAUCCUUCUGGGUGACGGUCUUCAAUUCCAACUCAAGGACCCAAUCGACAACAAUCAUUAUACCGAUUACGGGAAAAGCUGCUCAUGUUGAAGGUCCUCCAGGUCAAAUCAUCAAAUCCACUGUAGGAGGAUUUAAACUUUGAAUUAGCAGAGAAUUUUUCAGACUGUUCCAACUUUCAACAUUCCUACACUUCUCGGGGACCGCGCUCCAUAUCAAGUUCAUGUUCCGGUUUCAAUUCCUCCUCUUGGAUAUACAACUUUCCUCGUCAACAUCACUGAUUCUGCGUAUGAUCUACAACUGCUGACCUUUUGAAAACCUAGUUUUUUACAGAAAAUCCACACUUCAAAAAAAGUUUUCCAGCGAUGAGAAAAAAGUUUCGAAUGAGGUUUGAAAAAGAUCCUACACAAUUCUAACUAUGAGCUCAGUUUCUUGAAUUGACAUUCGAUACUGAGGGAUUAACGGCCAUAUUCGACAAAACAACAAACUUGACACACAAACUUCAACCUCGCUUUUUCUAUUAUCAAGGUUGUUUCAAUUUUUCAGAAGUCGAAUUUUCUUACUGUAUGUAAAAUGGCUCAAAAUGUUGCGGUUCCAAAUAAAAAUUGAUAAAUUUGCAACUUGAUCAAAAAUUUGCGCAUUCUAGCGACUUCCUUGCUGCCAGUAAAGCCGUUUUUCACGCCGAUAGUUUUUUCAAUGUCAAAUCAAAUCAACCACAAGACAAAAAUAAAUUUUUGAACAAGUCCUAAUUUAGGAGUGGGAAAAAAUGGCAGUGACCAAACCUCCGGAGCUUAUAUUUUCCGACCACAAAAUGGGAGUGCCGUGCCUGUGACAGCAAAAAGUGUGGAUAUCGUUCAAGUUCCUGUAUAUACCUUGACAAAAUCAAAUUAAAGUUUCAAGAUUGGAUCCGUUGCCGAAGCGCGCAUUAAAGUUUCUGAGUGGAUUUUCGCCACAGUUCGGCUUCCUGCUGGCAAACCUUAUGUUGAACUUGAAUGGGUCGUUGGGCCGAUCCCAAAAAGAGAAUGACAAGUUUUUUUUUUCAUUUUUCUUUUUAUAAAAGAGAAAUGAUAUUUUUGAGGUUAACCAAAGUCACGAAAGAGGUGGUGGUCCGUUAUUUGACCGAUGUAUCUGGUGCCGAGUCAGCUACGACAUUCUUCACUGACUCCAAUGGUCGUCAAACUUUGAAACGAGUGUUCGUCUCAUGAUUCAAGAAAAUGAUUCGUUUCAUCAAUUACAGUCGUAACUUUGCCCCCACCUACAAGUAUCAAGACACUGAGCCCGUUGCUGCUAAUUACUAUCCAAUCACAAGUCAUAUUUAUAUCAAUGUCAGAUUUUUCCUGUUCAAAAAUGCCUUUUUGCAAUAUUCAGGAUGGAAACAAGCAGUUCACUGUACUAACCGAUCGAGCUCAAGGAGCAACUGCAGAAAAUGGAGCUGUGGAAAUUAUGGUAAACUCAUGAAUAUCAAAGUUGAUUGGAAAAAAACUUUUUUUUUUCAAGAUCCACCGACGUUGUUUCUAUGAUGAUUACUUCGGAGUGGAAGAAGCCCUCGAUGAACCCGGAAAAGACGGCAAAGGCCUUGUUGCAAUCGGAAAACACACGUUGUUUUUCAGCCAACCAACUCAAGUAAUUCACUCCUUCAAUAAUUCACGACUUUUUACUUUUAUUCGAGAUUUCUGCUGCUUCUUUCCGUCCCCUUGCUGUCGAGAUUUUCCACGAACCAGUUGUUGCUUUUGAAGAGUUCAAUAAUAUCAACAGAGUUUGCAAAAAGUCGUUCACUCGCAUACGGGGUCGUCAGUACGGGCUCGAAAAUUGCACGCCGUCGAAAAACAACGAGAAAAAACGACAAGUGAUUGGGUGGUUCUAUGCGAAAUUUCAUUUGGAGACUUUCAGUUCGCUGGACUCACACGAGAUUUGCCCGCGGCGUUGCACUUGCUCACCAUCGAAAGAUGGCACAAAAAGAGCAUUUUGCUUCGUUUUGAGCACAUUUUCCAAAACAACGAGGACAAGCAGUGGAGCCAGCAAUUGACUGUGGACUUGAAGGUUAGUAAAAAAAAUUGAAAGAUCAUAGUCAGUUCGAAACAUUUUCUACAAUUUUCAAAACACAAUUCAUGUACUAAGUGGAGAAUAACAAUCAUCCAAUUUGAAAUCGUCAAGAGGUAGUACGGUUCCAAGGCAUCAAGACUUGGCGUUUACCAUUGAAUUGCAGGAAUUUGAUCUCCCUCUUGAGAAGCUGUUUCAUUAUUAAUAUCGAGAAUAUCUGUAGUUUUGCUUUGAGUCUUGGUGAAUCAGAGAAAGUUAACAAAAAUUUCAGGACCUUUUCAUUGGUUUCGAUAUUGUCAAUCUCAACGAACUUCAACUUGCGGGAAAUCGCAACGCAACCCAUGCUGUUGCUCAUGAUGGUCUGACCGUAGAGAAUCAACUUCUAGUUUUUUUCUAUGCUUUCAGGUCUUUCCUUCACGUUGAACCCAAUGCAAAUCCGCACUUUUGAAGCAGACAUCGCUCGAAAAUAA